AUGCGGGGGGCUCUGACGCCCCUGUCUUCGCUGCUGCUGCUGCUGCUGCUGCUGGGGUGCGGGCCGAGGGCGGCCACCGGAGGCGGGGCCAGCGGGGCCGCGGGCUACGCGCCCGUGAAGUACGUGCAGCCCAUGCACAAAGGACCCGUGGGGCCGCCCUUCCGCGAGGGCAAGGGCCAGUACCUGGAAAUGCCUCUUCCGUUGCUGCCGAUGGACCUGAAAGGCGAGCCCGGUCCGCCUGGGAAGCCCGGGCCUCGGGGACCCCCUGGCCCUCCUGGCUUCCCAGGAAAACCAGGCACCGGAAAGCCAGGACUCCAUGGGCAGCCUGGCCCUGCCGGCCCCCCUGGCUUCUCCCGGAUGGGCAAGGCUGGUCCCCCAGGGCUCCCGGGCAAGGCUGGACCGCCAGGACAGCCAGGGCUUCGGGGUGAGCCAGGGAUACGAGGGGACCAGGGACUUCGGGGGCCCCCAGGACCUCCUGGCCUCCCUGGGCCCUCAGGCAUUGCUGUCCCUGGAAAGCCAGGCCCCCAAGGGGUGCCAGGGCCCCCAGGAUUCGGAGGGGAGCCAGGGCCCCAGGGGGAGCCAGGGCCUCCAGGGGAUCGAGGCCUCAAGGGGGAUAAUGGAGUGGGCCAGCCAGGGCUACCUGGGGCCCCAGGGCAGGGGGGGGCCCCUGGGCCCCCUGGCCUCCCUGGUCCAGCUGGCUUGGGCAAACCAGGUUUGGAUGGGCUUCCUGGGGCCCCUGGAGAUAAGGGUGAGUCGGGGCCUCCUGGAGUACCAGGACCUAGGGGGGAGCCAGGGGCUCUGGGCCCAAAAGGGCCCCCUGGGGUGGAUGGUGUGGGAAUACCAGGGACAGUAGGGGUGCCAGGGCCACAGGGCCCAGCAGGGGCCAAAGGGGAACCAGGAACCCGGGGGCCCCCUGGCCUGAUAGGCCCCACUGGCUAUGGGGUACCAGGACUGCCAGGCCCCAAGGGGGACAGGGGCCCAGCUGGGGUCCCAGGACUCUUGGGGGACAGGGGUGAGCCAGGUGAGGAUGGGGAGCCAGGGGAGCAGGGCCCGCAGGGCCUUGGGGGGCCCCCAGGACUUCCAGGGUCUGCAGGACUCCCUGGCAGACGUGGGCCCCCUGGGCCCAAGGGGGAGACAGGGCCUGGAGGACCCCCAGGAAUGCCUGGUAUUCGGGGUGACCAGGGGCCUAAUGGCCCGGCUGGGAAACCUGGGCCUCCAGGAGAGAGGGGGCUCCCUGGUGCCCAUGGACUCCCUGGACCAACUGGGCCCAAAGGUGAGCCCGGUUUCACGGGCCGCCCUGGGGGACCAGGGGUGGCAGGAGCCCUGGGGCAGAAGGGCGACUUGGGGCUCCCUGGGCAGCCAGGCCUGAGGGGCCCCUCAGGAAUCCCAGGGCUCCAGGGCCCAGCUGGUCCUAUCGGGCCCCAGGGACUGCCAGGCCUGAAGGGCGAACCCGGCUUGCCAGGGCUGCCUGGAGAGGGGAAAGUGGGGGAACCCGGAGUGGCUGGGCCUACAGGGCCCCCUGGGGUCCCCGGUUCCCCAGGACUCACUGGCCCUCCUGGGCCUCCGGGGCCUCCCGGUCCCCCUGGUGCCCCUGGGGCCUUUGAUGAGUCUGGCAUCGCUGGCCUGCACCUGCCCAACGGUGGCGUGGAGGGCGCUGUGCUGGGCAAGGGGGGCAAGCCGCAGUUCGGCCUGGGGGAGCUGUCGGCCCACGCCACACCUGCCUUCACCGCCGUGCUCACCUCACCCUUUCCCGCCUCGGGCAUGCCUGUCAAAUUUGACCGGACUCUCUACAAUGGCCACAGUGGCUAUAACCCGGCCACCGGCAUCUUCACCUGCCCUGUGGGCGGGGUCUACUACUUCGCUUACCACGUGCACGUCAAGGGCACCAAUGUGUGGGUGGCCCUGUACAAGAACAACGUGCCAGCCACGUACACCUAUGAUGAAUACAAGAAGGGCUACCUGGACCAGGCGUCUGGCGGGGCCGUGCUCCAGCUGCGGCCCAACGACCAGGUCUGGGUGCAGAUGCCGUCGGACCAGGCCAACGGCCUCUACUCCACCGAGUAUAUCCACUCCUCCUUUUCAGGGUUCUUGCUCUGCCCCACAUAACACCACAGGGGCCUUGCCGCCUUGGCCUCUUCCUCUUUAGUGGUAGAGAGACCUUCUCAGUUACAAGAACCUCCAUUUAAAGAAAAAAACCAAAGGCUGAACAGAUGCGGAAGCAGAGGCGGCCGUGGCCUUGGCCCGAGGAGACUGGUUUGGUUCCUCCCUCCAUGCAGGCUGAGGUGGUUUCUGGAAGAGGCUGGCCGGAGUUCCUCUCCCCGAAGUGUCUGUGCAGCGUUGGGGUUGCGCCCCCACUGCAGGCAGGGGCCCCAGGAUGCUCAGCCCAGCUGCCGG